UUGGACGAGAAAUCAUGAUUUGAUAUAACUAAAUUAACCUUUUUACAAAAUUACAAGUGUAACAGACAAUCAAAUGGAGAUCUUUAUUUUUUGAUACUUGUUUCUACAUAUUUAAUGAUUAUUCGUGAAAAAAUUAAGUGGUACACGCUUUGUCUAUGUACGUUUGUCACUUGGAAUGGAAUGUAUCGACUUCUUCUGGAAUCCUGGAGAAGCUGUAUCUGCAGACAGCUCUCCAGGUCUAGAUAAAGAUGUUCCUCCCGUCGAGGGUGAUAAUUUUCAGUGCACCUUUUUCCGACCAACCAAACACGAAUCCGUGCAGAUACUGAACGAAAAUCCACCUCCAUUCAAUUCGUCCGAUUCUGAGGUCGAAUUUGACGACCCGAAUAUCACAACUGGAUGGGCAGAAGCAUCUUCGAUAAAUUCUGAUACUUUCUAUUCGUACGACGAAGAGAUUUCUCAGCAGGAUAACAAAGCACUCGAUUUACCGAAAGUAACAUUCGGUCAAACGUACAUUCACUCGGACGAUACGAAGUUGCAAUUGGAAAAACAAGAAUCAACAAAACCAGAAAUUGUCCAACUGACAGAAGAAAAGAAUUACCCAAAGGAUGUGAACAAUUUGAAAGAUAAAAUAUCUGAGAAGGAGAAAUUAUUGUUAAUAAAAUGUGUGCAUAAUAAUAGAUACACUCACGGAUUUCCAGACCCAAGGUAUAGCUUGAACAGAACUAAAAGAUCGUACAAUCCAGUGAGUAGCACGAAUGAAACUCCUGGUAAGAGAAGAAAGAUCUUCGAAAACAGGACCAGUAAGUAUAAACGUUUGUUGAAGUCCAUGGAGAAUGUGAUCCAUACGAUGAGCGAGCAAGAAAGUAUCAAGCCGAGGUACAAAAUUGCAGAAACCAAUCUGGUGAAAAUGGAUCCCCAAAAAGAGCAAAGUCAAAGUCAAAAGAUAGUCGCGGACAAUCCGCAGGCGGAUGAGCUUGAAAUGAGGAGACCAAUCUUUAAAAAGCGCGAGUUGGAAAAGUUCUUGGAUGAAUCGAUGCAAAGGGCGGUGAAAAUGUACAGAACUUGCAGAGAUACAUGGAACGGUACCAACGAAGAACAAUUUGAAGUAUCAGAAAAUUUUCCAAAGGCAAACAUUUCAAUUCCACGACUUUCCAAAACUGCUUCAGAGUGUAAGAAUACUUGAAACUGUUUCAAUUACCGUCGAUCGUGAACAUGUAGCAGUAUCGAGACACGUUUUUAAGCAGCCGACUUCAGUCAGUUUUCGAUGUUUGCAAAAGAAAUUAGAAUGUAAAAUCCACGGACAUGAAUAAAAUGUUAAAA